UGUUCAUUCAACGCCUUCACUUCACCAUCCUCUCGACUCGAGAGGCGAGGGCGCGUCGCCGUCCCCGUCGUCUUCUCUCGACGAGCCACCCACACACGUCCGCACACGGUCACGGACUCGAAAUGCUUGCGCGCGAGUGCUUUCCUUGCCCGAGCUUCGUUGACAACGCUGGAGAAAUGUCCCGCGCUGCUUCUGCUUGUAGAGCUCGCCGCGGUGCGAAGGAUUCGCGUCCAUGGAAGACGGAGGAGUCGCUGAGACCGGGAAGCUGGGCUCGCAGAUCGCGCAAAAGGUGAUUGCGGGAUUCGAAGCGGGUGUUGAAUCGGGUGCCAAUGUCGCCGCGGUCAAGAAGAAGAGUGGGAGACCGAAGAAGUACGCAGUGAGGCGCGGCAGAGAGAGGCCCCGAGGUUCCUCCAGUGGAUCUCUGCAUUUCGCUUCCAUUGGUGGACGUCCAAUGGGGGGACUUGGAGGAAGCUUUAGCGCUGCGACGGCGAUCCUUCAUAGAGGGGAGGAAAUUCGUGCCAAGUUAUCAACUUUGAUUGAACCGGACUCCCAUUCGCUCUCGGUACUUUCGGCGACUGGUGCUCUCUCCAGUGUCGUCCUACGCCAACCUGGGCCUUCUGGUGGUAUUUUGAGUUAUGAGGGACAUUUUGAAAUUUUGGCCCUGAAUGGCUCAUUUACAAUUCGGGAAGGUAGAAUUUGUUCGCACCCUGACCCUGAACUUAGCUUGGUGAAUGUCACGCUUGCUAUGCCUGAUGGGCGGCUUUUUGGCGGUGGAGUUGCUGGUCCAUUGAUAGCUGCUGGCCCAAUUCAACUUGUAGUGGCCAUCUUUAAGCAUAGUCAAAUUCAUGAAGUGAGACAGCCUGAGCAAAUUGCAAGAAUGCCAGAAGUUGGUGACAUUUCUGGCACUCCUAACUCUGUGUUACUGGAGCCAACUGACAAUGAAGCAAAGACUACUAUCACUUCUGGAAACAAUGACAUGUACCCUGCUUCUCCGCGCAUUGAUAAGCAUAAUCCCUUGGAACUGGUGGAGCCAAUGUUAGACCGGAACAUGUCUACAGACACCAAAGCUAGUGUCCUUGAACAGUGAAAAUGAUUUUCUCUCAGUUUGUGUGCAU